ACUAAUCAAAUAUAUAAUUGCAUCCCAUACCAUAAGCAAUACCCUACUCACAUCCACCAUGAGUACAACCCGCGACUCCUACGACGCCCGUCGCCAGCCCUACGACGGACCCGCCGACCCGCGCGACAAAUCCCAAGAAACCGGCCUCCUCACGCGCUGGGUCCCUGAAAAGCUCAAGCACGGCGGCUUCUACCGCUGGUUCCUGCGCUUCACGCGCGUCCUGCAAUUCCUAUCCUCCAUCAUUUCCCUCGGCGUCUUCUCCUCCCGCCUCUACAAAGUCUACCGCCUCGUCAACAGCAUCAGGACCCGGCGCGGCGUCAACGGCGCAUAUGGCGCCGUGGAGGGCAUACUCGCUGCUGCCGUGCUAUAUACGUUGAUCACGACGUUGCUCGGGUGCAUCAAGAAGAGUGCGAACCCGGGGGGUAAAGCGCUCAGGUGGAUAUGGGUGCUGAUGGACGUGCUGUUCGUUGGUGCGUUUAUCGCUGUCAGUGUGCUGACCAGGCCGAGCGGCGGGCUGGCGGGUGUUGCGAACUGCUAUAACCCUCAGCGAUUGAGCGGCAACAAUGGGGGUGAUAUCACGGGUGAAACGGCCAGUCAGGACGAUACUUGCAACCUGCCGUGGGGCACGUUCAUUCUGGCUAUCAUCAGCACAAUAUUGCAUGCUAUUACCGCGGCGUUCCAUGAGGUUAAGGAUCAGCGUAGGCAGAACAGACUGCACCGUGAGAAGGUUGUUCAGCGCCAGUAUGAGAAUGACACCAUGUAAACAUGCUUUGUGGUCAUAAUACGGACCGGAGAUAUCGGUGUAUAUUUGAAUGUACCCGUAAUGGAG